AAGGAAAAAAGAGAAAAUUUCUCCCUUCUUCUCCUUCUUCAUUCUUCGAGAGAGGAGUUCAAAAAAAAAUUCUUCUUUCUUCUUCUUCUCCUCGCCCAUUCCCUCAUCCCAGGGUCCUCUCUUCCUAUUUCUCCAUCGCUCCCUUACACUCACCGUCCUUCUCUUCCAUCGUCUAGCAGCCCAUGGUCGACAGAAGUCCUGCCGCUGCACACUUUUGGUUUUUAUUUCGAUUUGAGCUUCUCAAGAAGAUCUAAGAGGCCAAAUUGAAGUGGGAAAAGCGUAAAAUCCCAGGGGAUCGAGUAAUUGAUUCGCCACCUACGGUUGUCAGGGGAUUCCGGGCUGAAAGAGGCCGUGACUGGAGAUCUGAGAACCUGAGCCUAGGUGAGGACAUAGAUGGAGGAUUGUGACAUGGCUUCGGGCCUAGCUUAACCCAUGGUUGGGUGGCUCUAUGUGCACAUAGGAGCGGUAUGUUGUUACCGUGGUAGGUGCUAAGUAUGCGUGAGCUCCGUUUGGCCGCGUGUUUCCUUGUGAUUGGAUCACGUGUGAGCUAUCCUUGGGCCGUAUGCUUAGUAUGCUAUCAUGAAUGGAUUGGAUUGGUUGGAUCAGAUUGGAUGGAGGUUGUUAUCGUGGCGAGUACUAAAUAUGCGUUCGCUAGUUUUGGCCGCAUGAUUUUUAGUCAUGUGCGAGCUAUCUUUGGCCGUAUAUUUAGAUGCCUUGUCAUGGUUGGUUUGGAUACAGGCCAAAUUGAAGUGGGAAAAGCGUAUAAUCCCAGGGGAUCGAGUAAUUGAUUGCUACAUGAAUGUGUUUCCGUAGCACCACCUACGGUUGUCAGGGGAUUCCGGGGCUGAAAGAGGCCGUGACUGGAGAGCCGAGAACUUGAGCCUACGUGAGGACAUGGAUGGAGGAUUGUGACAUGGCUUCGGGCCUAGCUUAAACCAUGGUUUGGUGGCUCUAUGUGCACAUAGGAGCGGUAUGUUGUUACCGUGGUAGGUGCUAAGUAUGCGUGAGCUCCGUUUGGCCGCGUGUUUCCUUGUGGAUUGGAUCACGUGUGAGCUAUCCUUGGGCCGUAUGCUUAGUAUGCUAUCAUGGAUGGAUUGGAUAGGUUGGAUCGGAUUGGAUGGAGGUUGUUAUCCUGGCGGGUACUAAAUAUGCGUGAGCUAGUUUUGGCUGCAUGAUUUUUAGUCAUGUGCGAGCUAUCUUUGGCCGUAUAUUUAGAUGCCUUGCCAUGGUUGAUUUGGAUACAGGUAACGAUUAAGGACCAAGCAUUGGUUGUGCUUUCCUGGCAGUGGUUGUAGUAUCUCAUUGUGUAGUAUAUACUUAUGCAUUCUAUUGUAUUAUUGGGUUAUUAGAAGAAACGAGAGUCAUGAUGAGAAUUUGAGUCUGAGAGGUCUUUUAUUAAAUUGUAAUUCUUUUGUAACUAGUUCGUAGUUGAAUAUAAACUUUGUUUGGGAAUCUGGAUUAUGUUGGAUGAGUGUGUGGUGAGAUACACUCGAGGAUAAUUGAGUUUUGAAGAGUAUAGAAGUGUGUCUUUCUUCUAUUUUCCAGGUUUUGAAGCUUCUUCAAUUGUGUACCGGUUUUGCGCCAAAUUAAAUGGCAGAAAUUACCAAUAGAGAGGAGGAGGUCGCAUUUGAUGCGAAGCGAAAACCUGUUGAUUCUUGCUUCCAACUGAAAGAGGAGCGUUCAAACAAAAUUCAGAAGCUCGAAGUGGUUGAGGGUGAAGAAUCCUGUAAUUAUGUGAAGAACAAUGCUGAGAAUGGUGAUCAUAAGGGAAGUGAUGAAGAGAUUGAUAAUGUUUCGUCUACGGUUCUGGAAGGGAAGGAUGACGAUGGAGUUGAUGGAGCUAGUUUAGACGCGAGAGAUGAGGAGGAGGAUUAUGAGGAUGAAAACGAUAGUGAGGAUGACGAAAAAUCGAGUGGGAAAGUGGCUGCGGAUCGGAAGGGGAAGGGGAUUAUGAAGGAUGACAAAGGAAAAGGGAAAUUGAUAGAGGAAGAUGACGACAACGAUGAGGAUUCCAGUGAUGAUGGAAGCGACUUGGAUUCUGAAGAGAGCGAUUUGUCGGAUGAUCCACUUGCGGAGGUCGAUUUGGACAACAUCCUUCCUUCAAGGACGAGGAGGCGAACGGUUCACCCUGGAGUUUAUUUCGCUACGGAUCUGGCAAACGACGAUGAUGAUAGCAGUGAUAGCGAUGCUUGAAACGUUCAAGAAGGUCAGUAAAAUUUGACAAUCGAACCUUGGAGUUAGUACAACUGAUAUGAGUUGAUGUUUCUCAGCUUUAUCUUCUUUAGGGAUAAUGCAGCAAUGUAAUGAGUUACUCCAACAAUUUUAUUUUUAAGGUUACAUGUUUUCUUGUUUUCCCACUUUGGUAUCGGUAGCAUUGAGGAUUGCUUGCACCUAUGGCUUUCGUUAAUAUGCCUUUUUCUUAGAAGUUCUUAUUUGUAGGGGGAUUGUACUCAUCAAUCUUAACUGUAAGCCAAAAUUAAUAGAUAGCAAUGGAGUUUGUAACAUUUGAUUUUUCACUUAUUGGAUAUGUUAGUGAUGCCAA